CGAAUCAUAUUCCAGUCUGCUAAAAUCUGUCGUAUAGACCACAACAGAGAAGUAAAUAUGGUUAAAAAGUUAAUUUUUAGUGUGUUAGUACUACAUAUAUGUGCCGUUUUGGGUGAUGGUAUUUGUAAUGAUUGUAUGGAAUAUACCAAAUGCAAGGCGGCAUUUGAUCACGCGACCUUAAAGCGAGACAGAGAAACAAUGCAACUCUUUUCUAAAGCUUAUUGUGGCAUGGGGAAUGAAAAUGGGGAAAUGAUACAUAAGGUGUGCUGUUCCUUUUUCCCAUCACUUCAUAUGAUGCCUUCGUUAGACAGCAGGAGCGGAAUAAGCAAAGAUCACCUUCUACCAGAAACGUGUGGAAGUAUUUUGGGAAAUCGUAUCUUUGGAGGCAAAUACGCUAAACUCUACGAAUUCCCUUGGAUGGCCCUUAUCUCUUAUAAUACAAGGAGUGGUCCGCAAUUCGAAUGUUCAGGGACGAUUAUUAACUCAAAAUACAUCUUGACGGCUGCUCAUUGCGUUAUCGACAAAAAUAUUUUAGGUGUGAGGAUGGGAGAAUUCGACAUCAGUACCGAUGAAGACUGCGAGUAUGAACCUGGCUUAUCCACUAUCUGUGAAAACCAUAUUCAGGACAUGGGCGUUGAAAUGGCAAUACCCCAUAACGAGUAUAUCCGGAUGCCACCCAGAAAUGACAUUGCUUUGCUGAGAAUGGAAGGCGAGAUCGACCUUAGUUAUAAUAAUGUUGAACCAAUUUGUCUACCAAUAACGCCUGAACUUCAAAAUAGGGUUUUGGACCAUAAGACUGGUACAGUAGCUGGCUGGGGAAUGACGGAAACUGGCAGAGAGGCUACAAAACUGAUGAAAGUCGAUUUUUCUGUAAAAUCCAACUCAGAUUGCAAGAUGCACUUUAGAAACAUGCUAAACCAUCGUAGUACACAAUGGAAUGAAACUAUGAAAACUAUGAAGAAUCAGUUUUGUGGUGGAGAAUCAGGGAAAGACUCGUGCAGUGGAGACUCUGGCGGUCCGUUCAUGAUUAAAGACAUCUAUAAAGACGUGAGCCGCUAUGUCCAAUAUGGAGUCGUGUCUCAUGGACCUAAGAGAUGCGGUUCUGAUACACCAGGCUAUUACACUGAUGUAACGAAAUAUAUAAAUUGGAUACUGGACAAUAUUACAGAUUAGUUCUAUAACAAAGAAUCGUCGUUCAGUUACACAAUUUCACGAACGUUUUUAAUGAAAAUUCUCAAACAUUUCAAAGUUAAUAAUACUAAAUUAAAGUGAUGGAUAUAUUAAUAUGUUUUGGUUAUUGAUAUAGUAAAAGCUAUAUUUUUUACGAUAACAAUAUAUGUAUUUAGAAAGAAAGGUGCUAUGAACAAAAAAAUAUUAAUCAUUAAAAGGAAUAAUUGAAAAGAAAUCUUGUUUUCCUUCUAACGGCAAUAGUCCAAGUUUUAUUAAAACCUAUCAAUACUAAUUCCAUACGUUUGUGGAGGGGAAAUAUGUAGUAUUAUGUAUAUUGUAAUUGGUUUUUUACUACUUUUGAGUCUUUCUAUUUUAAAAAUUUAAAUUAUAUUCAUCGUUAAAUGUUUUGUGUGCAAUUUCGUUGUUCAACAUCGGUCGGUCAAUUUCGCUAUUGGGAUUUACUCAUAAUCAUGGUUUUACCAUUUUACGAUAUCUUUUAUAUGCAUUGGGGUGAUCCCGCGCGGCAGAUUUACACAAAUUAUAAUCAUUUGUACAUAA